UUGUACAGAACGUACACUCUGUAAAAAUAAGCCAUAAAAAUUCCGUAUAAACAAAACAGACAACGAGAUCGCGUCGUACGAGUCAAAGCACAAGUGUUUGUGUUCGUGUCUAUAUAAUAUCGUUUCUUGAUCGUUUUAUUUUUUGGAAGUGUAUAAAUUUUCAAAAACGUUGAAAUGCACAGUUUAUGCGGUUCGUAAGCUUCUAAAAGUUUUGAAAUCUCAUAUAUAUAUAUAUAUUCAUUGAAUAUAUAUGUCUUGCCAAAAAAGGUACGAGCCGUAAAAAGAGAUCGAUCGAAGAUCGCUAUUGAUUGACUGAUCGUGCGAGCGUUGAGCGUGUGUUUAUGUGAUCGGAAUUGGAAAUUGGAAUUUUUCAACAUUUUUCAACGUACAUUUAAUAUCGUUGGAAAACCAAAAACGGCGUCCACUCGAAAUCGAACAGGUUUAAAAAUAUACAGACAUACAUACAGUUGUUUUUUGUUUUUUUUUUUAUAAAAAUAUAUAUCUACAUAUAUGUAUGUCGGUAAUUCUGUCAAAUAAUUUGCGCACGCACAACACUUAAAAGUUCCUUAAUUUUAUGCACAACUGUGCUUAAAGUAAUCACACAGCUAAUAAUAAAAAAUAAAUAACUAAGUAAUAAACAACAACAAAAACAGCGAACGCCGAAUGACUCCAACUACAAACAUCGCAGAUAACAUUGUAAAUUGUAAGUUCGUGUAAGCUGCGGCAGCGACAUACAUGAAAAAUGCAUUCAUUAUAUCUCAACGAGCAUUUAUUUGAUGCACAAACGAGCACGAGUCUUGACCACAACACCGCACGUAACAGUACGCCAGUGUCCGUUGUGGCGGCAAAGAAUACGCAACUUUGCGUGAAAGCGCAUAAACCGAUUGAAAAGAAAUUGCUGCUUGCUUUGAAAAAGUUCAUCAAGUGAAGGACUACACGCUAGUGCAUAAGCCAGUCGAGACUAGCCGAGAAUAAAGAACGACACUGAAAAGUGAAAGUUAAGGAAGUUGUGCUAGAGAAAACGAACAAAACGUUAUUUUUUAGCGAAAAAAAAGUGUAAAAAGUACAAUUUUAUUUUGUGAGCAAAGUGUUCCACAAGUUCAAUACAGUGUUUGAGCUAAUAAAACUUCAAUAAAAUUAUUUUGUUAAAACUGAAAAUGUAGUAAAAAGGUGUGAAAAACAGGAAGUGUAUAGUGUGUGAUAACAAGUGCGGAAAUUAGUGGAGAAAAAUAACUAAACUGUGAUAAAUAAUUGCAUAAGCGAUUUUUGCUGAAUAUUGUAGAACAAAUAAAACCAAAACUCAAAACAAUAUUUAACUAGCAAGCAGAUGUGCUAACAACUGUAACCGUAAUUAACAGAGAUUUAACGGUUGACUUAAUGCAAAAACAUAAUUCUGCUCUAAUUUUCAAAGCAAGAGUAUAAAAAUAAAUAAUAAUAUAAAUUAAGAAAGUGAAAAUUAAAAUACACUUAAAGGAAAUAUCCAGUUUGAGGAUAUCAAUUUUAAUUUACAACAAAAGGCAAAAUCAGCUUAAACAUAUUACACACGAAUUUAAAAAAAAAACAAAAAAUUGUUUUGAAAACUAAGAUUUCUAAAAUACCAAAAAUAAAUACUAGAAAUUUGUAAAUUUUGUGUCACAAAACACAAAACAUACGCAAACAGUAUUAAGUAUUAGAAGUCUACUAAAAAGUCUCCCUUACCUAAAAACAAAAAUACCAAAAUGAUCUUCAACAAAUACAUCGAAAAACUCUCCAACUCCUUUGGCGGCACCUCCACCACCGCCAAGCAACAACAACCGAAACCAAAUCUACACAUCAAUGAUUACAACAACACGCGUAACAUCGAAUAUGAAAAGGCAAUGGCAGCCUCUUACAUUAAUGGUGGCCACUACCAUCAUUAUGAGAAGCAAUAUGUUGCGUCCAAAAAGAAGAAACCCAAUAAAAGCCAACAACAGCAACACCACCAUCAUCGCGAUUUUCUUAGCAACGAUGAAUUGGCCACGAUAAAUAAUAGCAAGAGCAACAGCAGCAGCUGCAAUAGCAGCAAAAGCGGCAACAGUGGCAGCAACUUUCAUCAUCAUAACAACAGCAAUGAAAAUAAAAGUCAUAUUCACAGUGGAAACUACUUAAAGGUGCCUGAAGCCUCGUGCAUGCGCCUCAACGCCAAAGAUAUACCCGCCUUACGCAUAACCACCACAGAUUUGCAGAUUGAUUUGCAAACGCGUGAAGUGGAUGCUGGCGAUUUGUUGCCAUCAGCGGUGCAUUACUAUGAGGGCGACAUCUAUCGUACGCCGCUUUCAUCGCUGAAUCCUUCUCCCGCCUCGUCGUAUACAACUUCGCUGUCGACCGAGUCAUUGGCUGGCGCCUGCAGUCCAUGCUCGUCGAUGUCGGCUGCUUCGACGCCGACCUCGCUGUCGACGUCUCCACCGCGGUUUCACAGCCGUCCGCCAUCGCUGCGUUUGUCGAAGGAGCUGGCAGGGAUAUACUGCAAAAUGUUGCACUUUCCAUGGUUUCAUGGCAAUCUUUCGGGCAAGGAAGCUGAAAAAUUGAUACUAGAACGUGGAAAGAAUGGUUCAUUUCUGGUGCGUGAAUCUCAAAGUAAACCUGGUGAUUUUGUGCUUUCAGUGCGUACAGAUGAUAAAGUGACGCACGUCAUGAUCCGAUGGCGGCAGGACAAAAAAUACGACGUUGGCGGUGGGGAACCCUUCGACACAUUGUCCGAACUCAUUGAACACUACAAACGCAAUCCGAUGGUGGAGACAUACGGCACAGUGGUGCAUUUGCGUCAGCCAUUUAAUGCGACGCGCAUCACAGCCGGCGGCAUCAAUGAACGAGUUAAUCAAUUGGCGAAGGGCGGCUUCUGGGAGGAAUUCGAAUCGCUGCAGCAAGACAAUCGCAAUAUGUUUUGUCGCAUUGAAGGCUACAAGCCGGAGAAUCGCAGCAAAAAUCGCUAUCGCAAUAUACUGCCCUAUGAUCAUACCCGCGUUAAACUAUUGGAUGUGGACAAGAGUGUGCCCGGCGCUGAAUAUAUAAAUGCAAAUUAUAUUCGCCUACCCACCGAUGGCGAUUUGAAUAGCAUGAGCUCAUCGUCGGAGAGUUUGAAUGCCACUGGCAUGGUGGCCUCUUGUCCCGCCUGCAGCGCCGCUCAAAUACAGAAGAACUGUACCAACUGUCAGAAGAUGAACAAGACAUGUGUGCAGUGUGCUGUCAAAACAUCUGUGCUGCCAUUGAGCAAUUGUAUAACGUGUAAUAAAAAAUCGGAUACGAUUAAUAAGCAUAAGCGCAGCGAUUCAUCGGCCUCAACGGCGACCGCUUACAGCACUGCUAGUUGCAGUUCACGUGCGGCUUCCAGUGCGGGUGGUUUGUUGAAGAAGUGCAACAAUGAGUUGGCAGAGCGCGAUAUGUUCAAAGUGUACAUUGCGACGCAGGGUUGUUUGCAGACAACGAUUGUCGAUUUCUGGAACAUGAUCUGGCAAGAGAAUACGCGAGUGAUUGUGAUGACAACCAAAGAGAUUGAGAGAAACCGCAGUAAAUGUGCCAAAUACUGGCCGGAUGAGGGCCAAUGCCGACAAUUUGGACCAGCGAAAAUACAAUGUCUCACAGAAAGCAAAACUAAUGAUUAUACGCUGCGUGAAUUUCUAUUCUCUUGGCGUGAUAAGCCUGAUCGCCGUAUCUAUCACUAUCACUUUCAAGUGUGGCCCGAUCAUGGUGUGCCCACGGAUCCGGGCUGUGUGCUGAAUUUCCUGCAAGACGUGAACUCUAGGCAAAGUCAGAUAACGAUGACGGGCGAGAAUCCGGGUCCAAUUUGUGUGCAUUGUUCAGCGGGUAUUGGUCGCACGGGCACUUUCAUUGUGAUUGAUAUGAUUCUCGAUCAAAUCGAUAGAUACGGUCUGGGCACCGAAAUCGAUAUACAGCGCACAAUACAAAUGUUACGCUCCCAACGUUCUGGUUUAGUACAAACUGAAGCACAAUAUAAAUUUGUUUAUUAUGCUGUGCAGCACUACAUACAAACGCUAAUACAGCGCAAACGUGCCGAAGAGCAAAGCUUACAAGUCGGACGUGAAUAUACAAAUAUAAAGUACACAGGCGAAAGCAGCAGUGACACACAAAGAUCUCCGCUCCCAUCAGCAAUUUCUAGCGUAAGUUUAGCAAGUAAAAACCAAUCAGUGGCCAGCAGCAGCAUCAACAUUAACAGCAAUGCGACCGGCAAUGCUGCAGAGAGUAUAAAUCACUAUGCCAGCAUUGGCUCUACAAACGCCAACAAAUCGACGCAGCUGUAUGGCACAGUGACAGCAGCCCCACCACCGUUAGCUACGAAAAGCAAACAAGCGCCGCUGCCACCAAUGCCGGCCAGUGCGCUCGGAGCCAUGGCAUUAGCAUCGAAAGCGGGUGAUAACAGUAUGCAGCAGCAGCAACAACAACAAAGCGCUAUGCAACCGCAGCAGCAGUCAUCAGCCGCUAUGCCAAGCACGACAAAUGCGAGCGGCGGCGGUAGUGCUGCUGCGGCAGGUAAGCAGAAAAGAUUACGGAUUUUUACACAUAACAACAAUCAAAAACAUGCUUAAAAAGCUACUCUGAGUGAAUUUUGUUCUAUGAGAGAAAAAAUUUGUGCGAAUUAUUAAAAAAUUUAAAAAGAAAUGAAAGUUAUUUAUACAGAGAGAAAAAGAGUGUGGAUUCUGAAAAGAGUGGAAUGUUAAGCAGUUAAAACAUUAUUAAAAGUAAGAAUGCGCAAAAUAUAAGAGAGUGUGAGAGUGAAAGAGACAAAAUAAGAACUGGAAAGAAUGAUAACUCAAAAAAUUAGAUAAAAAGAGAUAAAUAGAUGAAACAAAAUUGAUUUUUCGAGCGAGCGAGCGAGAGAGAGUGAGAUAAUGUGCAACUGUGGAGAGAUUCGAAAACAAGUGAGUGGAUUUGAAUUUAUGUAUGAUUUACAUCAAUAGUGUUUGAUAAAAAAUUAUAAAAAAAAAAUAUUUAAAUAUAUAAAAGACACAUAUAAACAUCCAAACAAGCUUCAAACAGAACAAAUGAUUUUUAAUCAGAGAUAAUGAAAACGAAUAUUUAAUAUUGUAUGUAGAUAUAUUAACAGAGUAUUAUAACUAUGUAAAGAACAUGUUGAAAAAUAUGCAAAACCCAAGUAUUUAAUGUGAACGAAAACCAACGAGCAGUUAUAAGAGUUAAAAGGUAAACAACUUAAAGUAAUAAUAACAAGUAUUUGAAACGCAAGAAACCAGAUAGAAACAUACAAAUGAGUAGUUAAAAUAUAUACAAAUCAAAAGACCACAAAGAAAACCAGCAAAAAAUAGUAUUUUUAAAUGAAAAUAGUUAAACAAAAUGGAAUUAAGCAGAAAUAAAUGAAAACAGCAACAUUUUGACAGUUGAUAGUUGACAAGUGACAGCAUCAAAAAGCAUUGAUGAUGCCAAAUAUCGACAACAGUACCGGGCACUUAGAUAUUUUCCAUUUUGACAGAUGUUAGCUGACAUUUGUCAACCGUCAACUGACAGCUAAUGAAUGAAUUUUAAACUUUGUGAGCCCACAUGUGACAAGUGACAGCUGUUAACUGUAGCAUUAUUCGUACGCUUUAAAUGUGCUCUAGUUGGUACCCUGUACAUGCUUUAAAAUCGAACAGAAAUAUCAGAAGAAAAAAUAUAUAAAUAUUUAAAAAGUAUU